UACCAUCCCUAAUUUAAUCAAUAAACGCGUGAAAAUAUUUACAUUAUUGUUGAGUUUGUUUUGAGUUGUUAAUACAAUGGCAAGCAAAAGAAAGCACCCGGCAUCUAAGAAAGCACAGGAAGAGAACUUUAAAAAACAUACACUUGACUCAGACGAAGAGGAUUCCGACGACUACGAGAGGGAGUAUCUUAAUGAUAGCGACAUCGAAGGAGGCGAGGAGGGAGUGGCAAAAGUAGAGGACGAUGUAAAGGUAACUCCGUUUAAUAUGAAGGAAGAACUGGAGGAAGGACACUUCGACAAAGAUGGUCACUAUCAUUGGAACAAGGAGUCGGAAGCAAAAGACAAUUGGUUGGACAACAUCGACUGGGUUAAGAUUGGCAAGCAGAAAAACGCUUUUGACCCUGCAAAAGAUGAUCAGAAUUCCAACUCCUCGGAUGAAGAUAAGAUCGAACCUGCGGGAAAGGCCUUCAACUUGUCCAUGAAUCUGAUGAAAAUGCUCGAGUUCAUGAAAGAGGGAGAGACUGUAAAGAUGACCCUGCAGCGACUGGGGAGCCAGCGUCCCGUUCUAACAACUCUACAAAGAAUUAAGCAGAAGAAAGCCGGUAUUGUUGACACAAAGACUCAGGAAAUCUCCCAUCUCACCGAGCUGGCCAAUGAGAUCCUUUCGAAGACGGGCAACAUGGACAUUUAUCAAGAGACCUAUGAAAGCAUCAAGUCCAAGAUCGCCGACUUGCCAGGCACUAGCAAGCCCAAAGCAGCCGAUGAUAUAGACAUGUAUGCGGAUGAUUUCGAAACAAAAGAGUUGGAGAGGUCAAAAACCUCGGACCCAACUGCGAAACCAACGAUGACUACCUCGGAGGUGACCUGGGAGUUCAAAUGGUCGCAAAAUGAGACUGAAAUCCAGGGCCCUUUUACCACUGAGAAAAUGUUGAAAUGGUCACAAGAAAACUACUUCAAAACCGGAGUCUAUGUCCGAAAGUGCGGCGAAAACACCAAUUUCUAUACCAGCAACCGCAUAGAUUUCGAUUUAUACUUGUAAGCCGUAGCUAACAAAUAUUGUAGUUAUCUUUUUCAAGUUAGUUUGUUCUUUUGCACUAGACUUUGUUUUACGUCAGAUAAUUCAAAGCUAAAAGAAAAAAGCAUUAUAUUUAACCAAUUGAUUAAGUUGUUAUCAUCAAUACGCAUUAUAAUAUUCUAGUUUUUUCAACUGGGUGAGCAAUUUUAAAAAUAUCUUAUUUGAUUGAUUUGAAUUUUAUUGUAUCAAAUAUUUAAAGUUAAUAAAAAAAGCCAGUUAACACUUAAACCUCAA